AAUGGGUCCGCUAAAUCCGUUCCCACCCAGAAUGCUGCCACUCUUUCUGCUGCUGCUGCUGCUGCCAGGGCCUGGACCCGAAGCCAGCGAGGCAUCCAGAAGGUCACAUGUGUACCGGCGUGGGAUAUUGGAACUGGCAAGUACCGUGUCUUGUGUUGGACCCCGACAUCCCAUUUUCUAUGCUAAAUAUGGCUGUUUUUGUGGCCUGGGUGGCCACGGCAAGCCCCAGGAUGCCAUUGACUGGUGCUGCCACUACCAUGACUGCUGCUACACUCGUGCUGAGGAAGCUGGCUGCAGCCCCAAGAUGGACCGCUACUCCUGGGAGUGUGUUGAUAACCAGGUCCAGUGUGGACCUGCAGAGAACAAAUGCCAAGAACUCCUAUGUGAGUGUGACAAGAACAUUGCUAACUGCUUCUCCGAGGCUGAAUACAACUUCAAGUAUUUUCUCUACCCUCGCUUUUUAUGUGGGGAGGAGUCUCCUUCUUGUAACUGACUGGCCUGACAAGAAAUGUUCAUUUGCACAAAGAAAUAAAGCUCCUUUUCACUGAUGAACAACAGCAUUCAGUUUUUUGCAGGAGGCAACUAAGGCCAAGUGGUCAAGCUGCAAGACUAGUUUGGUUUUUCACUCCGUCCUGGAACUGGCUUCCAGUUGGAUGAAGGUCACAGUGCUACAGAUGGUUGUGUCAGUCUCACCCGAUAGCCAGGUUCUUUGUGUCUUGAACAAAGAAUUGAGCAGGGCACACAGAAACAGUAAGAAAGGCCAAAAUUUAUUAAAGGAACACAAGUAGGUCGAUGAGAAAGCUCAAGUGAGUUUGCCUCAGAGUGGUCUCAACUGGCUUUAGGUUUGAGGUUAAAGUACAUUUGGAGGGCAGGGAAAAAAUAAAAAUUAAAAACAAAAAAAAAAUCCUAAAUAAAAAAAAUACACUUGAGAGUCCAAGCCAGCAGCACCCAGAAAUGGCAGCAUCAAGUA